UCUAUCUUGUCCUCACUCACUCUCAUAUUAUACUUGUCAUCAUGUUUAUAUUCUGAACCUCACCUACAUUCUAUCUCUCAAUUCCAACAGCAGAACCCUGCCUGAAGAAUAGUACAUCCACAGCCUUUGAUUGCAAUUGCAGUUACAUAGAGUCUGUAACAAGUAUACUUUGUUUUUUCAGCAAUGAUUAAUCGGAUAGCAAUAGCAGUGGUGGUGAUUCUCAUAGGAUGGGCUUAUAUGGCCAUAAAGCCUCCUCCACCAAAAAUAUGUGGAUCCAUUAACGGUCCUCUGGUUACUUCACCUAGAGUGAAACUCAAUGAUGGGAGACAUUUGGCAUACCGGGAGUUUGGUUUUCCAAAGGAAGAAGCUAGGUACAAGAUCAUUGUCGUUCAUGGAUAUGCCAAUUCCAAAGAUACUCAUUUGCCAGUUUCUCAAGAACUUAUUAAUGAUCUUGGGAUAUAUUUCCUCUACUUCGACAGAGCAGGUUAUAGUGAGAGUGAUCCAUAUCCGUCACGUUCAGUGAAGAGUGAAGCAUAUGAUAUUCAAGAACUAGCAGAUAAAUUGCAGAUUGGGAAUAAAUUCUAUAUCAUUGGAAUGUCAAUAGGAGCUUAUCCGGUUUGGAGCUGCUUAAAAUAUAUUCCACACAGAUUAUUGGGAGCAGCUUUGGUAGUCCCAUUUGUAAAUUAUUGGUGGCCUUCUUUUCCUGUUAAUCUAUCAACAGAGGCAUUUCAAACGCUCCCUCAACCAGACCAAUGGACAUUUCGAGUUGCACAUUACACCCCUUGGUUAUUCUAUUGGUGGAUGACUCAAAAUUGGUUCACUUCAUUGAGUUUCACAAAUGCUGAAAUGUUCCCUCCGGAUGAUGUUGAGAUCCUUAAAAGCCUCUCAGAAGCCCCAAGCACUGGCCAGGAGAAAAUAACUCAGCAAGGAGAGUAUGAGUCGUUAUACCGCGACAUAAUUGCUGGUUUUGGAAAGUGGGAGUUUGGCCCAACAGAGAUAAGAAAUCCAUUUUCUGAGAAUGAUGGUUCAGUUCACAUUUGGCAAGGCCUUAAAGAUAAGAUGAUUCCCUAUACACUGAACCGCUACAUCUCACAGAAACUUUCCUGGAUUCAUUAUCAUGAGCUUCCUGAAGGAGGUCAUUUAUUUAUAUUUAAGAGUAAUCAAUGUGAGUCCAUAAUUAGAGCACUUAUAUUAUCAUAAGGUAUUCAUAUGAUAUGAUAGUGUCUGUUAAAAAACUAUUAGUCUACAUAUUGUCUUGUGCUUUUUGCGUGAAAAUGAUACUCCUACAUGUUAGAAGUUAUAAUUCAAUGUCUUGGAUGCAAGCCUGUGUUCGAUGUAGGUGUGUUCGGCCUAAUCGAAGUAAUAGUAUUCGACAUAGUCGAAUACAACAUUUUGUUGUUGUGUCGAAGCCAAAAUAUGUUUUGGGCUUAGGUUGUAAGUUUUGGGCUUAGGCCUUGAUCGCUUAUAAAUAGGCAUGCUAUUGAAUAGUUAUAUAAUUGAACACUUAACAACUUUAGUAAUAACAACUUCACAUAUUCAAAAUACAUUUUUCUCUCUUUUCUCUUUUCUUCUUCCUCGUCUUUCUUGAAAAUCCUAAUUGUCC